AUGGGCAUCAAGAGAGCGCAGUGUGAUGAUGAUGACGACAAUGAUGACAAUGAGUUGGUUUCAUUUGAGGAGAUAGCAGCUGCUCACAGGAAAGCAAAGGAUCCAGGAAAUGCAGCUUGCUCAACAGCCGUUAUGAAACUUCCUGCAGCUGAAGAUCUGUCCUAUCAUAGCCCACAUCACUCCAUGCAACCCCUUGAGCAUUCCUCUGAUGCAGACAACGACUCUGUCCUACUUGAACAAUCUCUCACUGAUUUUCCUAUGGGUGAGGAAUUCCCAGCACACUCAGACAUUGAUGUCAUUGAUUUCAUGAAUGAUUCUGUGGAAGAACAGAGGGCUGAUGCUGACCACAACAACAAGAUGUCCCAUUCACUACCUCCUCAGAAACCUGAUCCUCUAACUGGCACAGAAUCAUCUGACAAGCAACCCAAAGUCCCUCCAUCUUCUGUCCAGGUACCUGACAUGCAGCCAGCAUUGCCAGUGCCAGUGAAUGAGCUGCUGGAGCCUUCACUUUCCCCUGAUGUUAUCCUCGAUGGUGCUUCACAGCACUGGUUUUGGAAAAUCAUACUUAUUUUGGUGGUGUGGCUUAAUCUAUGCUAUCAUUUACCUCACUGUGCAGCUAACCUUCUUCUGAAGGUCACAGUGUCUAUUUUCUAUGGACUUGGUGUUUUCACUCUUGAAGAGAAGCCAGCUCAGAUGCUGAAUACUGCUUUUGCUCUUUUGGCAUUGGCAGACUAUUUUGAGGUCCACCCAAUGUGUCCUACUUGCAUGAGGGUUUUUCCCCAUAAUUCUCCCUCAGACACUGUAUGCACACACUGCAGCACACCGCUUUGUCACGAGACUCGUCCACAAGACAUUCCCACAGCAACUAAACCAUCCCGCUUGACUAUGAAGCCCAAGCUUCGCUGCCCUCAAAACCCACUUUCAAAUGACAUUCUUCAGCUUCUAUCUCAAGAUGGUAUAGAACUGCAACUUGAUGCUUGGCGAUCUCAACUGACUACUCCUGGGAAGCAUUCAUCUAUUCAAGAUGGUCCCAAGGAGCUUGAUUCUGAUCAGCUCCAAUUUUUCAUGAAGGAUUAUGUUGAUGAUCUAUUGCAGCUUUAUGACAAGGGAAUCAUCAUCAAGACUUCAAAAUAUCCAGAAGGGCGACAUGUAUAUGUAAUUCUUGUUGCAGUAUGCUGCAACCAUCCAGUGAUGUGCAAGUCAAAGCUGAAAACAGAAGAUGCAAUGGAGUAUGAUAGUAUCAUCAAAACUCAAUGGUUCAAUGCAUGGGUUCAAACAAAUGUGCUGCGUCAGAAGACAGCCAAGGUUGAACAUGAACUUGAUGAAAUUCAUCGACUCUUAUCUAUGUUUGAGAUGCCAUCUUGGAUCCUGUUGGUCUGGGAAAAAUGGUAUCCAAUUAAUAUGAAGCAAAAUCAGAAGGAGAUAGAGAGCUGGGAGAAGUGGGAGCAGGUGCGCAUACGAAGAGUUGCAUCAGGCAAACAAGCGCAGAACAGAAAGGAUAAUGAACCUCCCACUCAUCUGAAGGAUAUGGCGAUGCAUGCUGAUGAUGCUGACAAUUUCUUGAAUCUUGCAGCAGCAUUGAAAAUCAUUCUAGGAUGGAGCAUCAGUGACACUGAUAUCCCCCAAGCAAAGGAGCUUCUUAAUAAGUAUCUUCUCAGGUUCUUAGAGAUUCAUCCAAAGCAUGUCAAACCUUCUCACCACUGGGUGACACACAUCUUUGAACAGCUGGAGGAUUAUGGUCCCAUUUAUGGCUUCUGGAUGUUUCUUUUCGAGUGCCUUAACAAAGUUCUCAAGAGUUAUUCAACAAAUAAUCAUGGUGAUGGCAAGAUUGAAAUUUCAUUUUUUCGUGCAUUUACUCGUGACACAAAACUUUGA